CCCCCUGGAUACCUCCUAGUUCGCCUCCCAGGACUCACGGUCAAAAGAGGAAACAUUCAGACUGGAUGCCCACGGGAACCCAGGACAGCUGGGCUGUGAAAGGCAUGUUUGGUCUCAAAAUGCAGUUGAAGAGACAGAGGAUGUCCACAGUGCGGCCUGAUGAUCACGAGGCCUUCAAUAGGCUGCUAGAGGAUCCUGUUGUCCAGAACUUCCUGGCCUGGGACAGAAAACUUCAGGUGUCAGACAAGUACCUCCUAGCAAUGGUUAUAGCCUACUUUGGCCGGGCUGGCCGUCCUUCUUGGCAAUACCAGCGCCUCCAUUUCUUCCUGGCUCUCUACCUGGCCAAUGACAUGGAAGAAGAUCGCCAAGGGCCAAAGCAUAGCAUAUUAGCCUUCCUUUAUGGCCAAGACCACACCCAGCGUGCCAAGUUCCAGUGGCUUCGGGCCCAACUCUUCCGGGCCAUUGGUUGGAAGGCAUGGGUUACCCGAGAAGAGUGUGAGGAGAUUCAGGCUUAUCAGCCUGAACAUUGGGUAUGGAAGCGUGACCGGGCCCUCCUUCAGUAG